AUGUGGCUGCAGGGGCUGAGCCGGCAGCUGUCUUUGGACCUGCAGCGCCAGGUCCCCGAGGGGCUCGUGGCUCCCGGCGUCGGCUGGUCGCUGGUGCUGGGCUUCGGGGUCGCAUACGCCUGCUACUACCUCAGCAGCAUCGCCAAGAAACCUGAGCUGGUGACUGGCAGUAAGAGCUUCCACCACUUUCUACAGGACUAUUGCCCAGUAGUGACAGAAACCUACUAUCCCACUGUGUGGUGCUGGGAGGGCCGUGUGCAGACUCUCCUGCGUCCUUUAAUCACAUCUCGACCAUAUGUGCAAUACAGGAAUGAGCUCAUUAAAGCAACAGAUGGAGGACAGAUUUCCCUGGACUGGUUUGAUAAUAAUGACAGCAUAUUUUACCCGGAUUCGAGCACCCGACCCACGAUCCUGCUGCUGCCCGGCCUCACAGGAUCAAGCAGGGAAUCCUACAUUCUCCAUAUGAUUCAGCAAAGCAAAGAACUGGGCUUCAGGUGUGUGGUUUUUAACUAUCGAGGAGUUGCUGGUGAAAAUCUCUUGACACCAAGGACAUAUUGUGCUUCUAAUACAGAGGAUUUGGAAGCUGUUAUUCAUCAUAUAAACAGUUUGUACUCCUCAGCUCCAUUUGUGGCAGCAGGUGUUUCUAUGGGAGGCAUGCUUCUUGUAAACUACUUGGGCAAAAUUGGCACAGGAACACCACUGAAGGCAGCUGCAGUAUUUUCAGCAGGGUGGAACGUUUUUGAUUCUGUGGACUCACUGGAAAAACCUGUGAACUGGCUUCUCUUUAAUUAUUAUUUAACUAGCUGUCUACAGUCUUCAGUUAUUAGGCAUCGGGAAAUGUUUGAAAAGCUAUUUAAUAUGAACCUUGUCAUGAAGGCUAAGACCAUCAGGGAAUUUGAUAAACAAUUCACUUCUGUCAUGUUUGGCUAUCCUACAAUUGAUGAUUACUAUGCAGAUGCUAGUCCAUUUCGUAGACUGAAGACCGUUGGAAUUCCAGUGUUGUGCUUAAAUUCUAUGGAUGAUGUUUUCUCACCAAAUCAUGCCAUACCAGUAGAGAUGGCAAAACAAAAUCCAAACGUGGCCUUGGUCCUUACUUCCUGCGGGGGCCACAUUGGUUUUCUGGAAGGGCUGUGGCCAAGAAAAUGCACCUACAUGGACAGAGUCUUCAAGCAGUUUGUUCAAGCUGUGUUUGAGCAUGGAAGCAAAAUCCUUAAUAUGUAACAAUUUAGCAGGACUAUCAUUGCAGCACAGUGGCAUUUUAUGAUCAGGGUAAUUAAAUGUACUGCACAUGAUUUAGCAA